AUGAAAUAUGAAAAGACUAGAGAUAUUAAAUCAUGGCUAGAAGAAAUAUAUGAAGAACAACAACAAGGUUUAAGAGAAAAUGUAACUAGAAUAGUUGAAUCACAAAAAAUACUUGCAACACUACAAAGAAGAAAAAUACAAAUAAAUGAAAAUAAACAGUAUUAUAUUGUCCAUAUUCUGGGAGCAUUUCUGAUGAACCUUAGUGACAAGUACAAAAAGUAUAAAGCAUACAGAGAAAAAUCAAAGUUUGUUAAACCAGUGUAUAUAGAAAAAGAAAUUAUAGAAACUACAUACAGAGAACUUCAUAGAACUCUUAAAGGACUUGAUGAAGUAACUGAAUCUAAGUUUAAUAAUAAAGAAAGAAUCAUUGGAUCACAUAAUAUACUAGAAGAAUUAUCAGUAGAAAUUACAUCAGAAAAUAAAAAGGAUAUGAUAAUAUUAAAAGAAAAGUUAACUAAAGAAUUUAUGGAAUCCAAAGGGAUACUUAGAGUAAAAUUAGAACAAAUAAGAGAAGAAACUUUUAAUGAAACA